AUGUAUCCAACUUUUGUCAUAUUUGAGUCAGUUCUACAGAUAGACUGGUUGAAAGAUGACCAGGUUGGACGAGUAUCUGCAUUAUUCCGAAAUAGAUGGAAUGCCAUAUCAAGGGCUCUUGCUUCAAUUUCAUUUAUAGAAUGUUGUCUUGAAAAUUAUUUACCGCCAAGCAGCAGUUCCGGGAAACAUUGGAAGAAAACAACAACCAAGUGGUGCUUAAGUAGAAAAUAUUCACAUGUUCAAAGACUUCGUUUGUUUGAAGACGCUGUAGAUUCCCCGGUGCAGACAAGUUCCGGUGAAGUCUGGGACGAGAUCGAAGCUGUAAUCACUCCCUAUGGAAAGCUUUACAAGUCACCAGGCUCUGGAGCCGAUUUUUCAAUAAAGAUUCCGUCGCGGAAGUCACUGAAACACCAAACAUCAGACGCGAGAAGAAACUUGUUUUCUGGAAAACGUCAAGCAGACGACAGUCUUGAAGUAGAAUCUCCCGCCACGAAGAAACUUAGGAACAGUUCUAUACUUCCGGAUUCCAACGAUAUCAUCGAAGCUGUUGAACGAUUAGAGUCACAUGAACUCGUAGCUGACGGAACUCGUUGCUAUACCUUACCCACAAUUCCUGGCAAACACAGCGACCUCAAGUCCAUCUCUCCAGAAACAAUGGCGGACAUUGUGGAGGGGCGAUAUAAAAAACAACUUGGGAAAGUAACCAUUGUUGACUGUCGGUACCCGUACGAGUUCGAGGGAGGUCACAUACGGGGUGCUGUAAACCUGUACACCAAGGACGCCGUCAACACACUUCUCCAGGAGGCGUCGACGUCAAAGCAUUCACGUGUACUGAUCUUCCAUUGUGAAUUCUCUUCAGAGAGAGGACCAAAAAUGUACCGUUUCUUGAGAAGCCAGGAUCGUCAGCUGAACAAACACAGAUAUCCUCACCUGAUCUUCCCAGAGAUUUACUUGCUUGACGGAGGCUACAAGGCGUUCUUUACUGGACACAAGGGUUUGUGUGAUCCAAUCAGCUACAAGCCAAUGUUGCACGAGGACCAUGCUGCAGACCUACGUCAUUUCCGUGUCAAGUCGAAAUCGUGGACCGCUGGUGAGAAACAGAAGACUAACAGACGACAAAGAAGCAGACUUGCUUGUUUAAAUAUUGACUUAUAAACGUUGUGCUAAUGUGUUGAAAAGUGCUAAAUGUAAGACCUGUGCUGGUUGUGCUAAAUUUGUUUUGUUUACUGUAUUUGUUGACUAUUACUUGUUUAUGCUGUGAAGAAAUAA